GACAAUAACUGAUAAAGCUAUCAAUUAGAUAUUACAACGCCUCAAUCUUUUUUGAAGACAAUAUAUUUCAUUAUUUUAUUCUUUUCACCAUGCGGGUUCUCCUCAUUUGCGUUGUACUGACUAUUGGCGUCGCUACGGCGUCUGAACUACGUGCCAAGUCUUCGAAGCGCUUUCUUCUGACCAAUGGACAUGGUCUAACCUCGACCCAGCAGAGUCAAAUCCAAAAUGGCUUCAAUGCAGCCAAAUUCGUCGCAGAUAAAAUCGACAAGAAGGAUUUUGGGGGUGCUGUUGGUGCUUUAGUAGGCAAAUUCAGCUCCUUUCUUGGUGUUUUGGGUCCAUUUGUAGGACUUGCCCUCAGUUUCUUUGGUAAGCCUUCAGCCGAAUUAACGCUACUUAAAACGUUGUUCACGGAGGUUGAGAAUAGGUUCGAUCAUAUAGAUGUACAAUUUGCACAGCUUCGUCAGCAGGUCGCGUUUAUUCCAACGCAGGUACACUUCACGGACUUGGAAUCAAAUAUCAAUGCUGUUCACUCAGAGUUCAUAACCUUGUCCAAAACUACCAACUUAGCAGGCUACAAAUAUGAGGCAGGUGAGUUCAAAAACACAUACGAUCGCACCUACGAAUCAUCUGGAAUAAAACUCUAUCAAGGGAUAACCCAUGGUGGUCUGACAACUGGUGGAAUAUUUCAAGAAUUCAUGGCCCACAGCGGCAAUGACAGAAGAGGAACACAGAAUUUCAUGCUUGGCACCUUGAACCUCUUGAUGAGAGCUGCUGCAUUGGAAAUGACGUAUGCCGAAAUCAACAAUGAUCCAAACCACGCUAGAAAGCAAAGCGAUUGGGUAAAUCGCAUAACACAAGUUAAAAACAAAAUGGUGGCGCUUGAUAAUGAGAUUGUCAUACAUUACCAUACACAAAUGACCAGUGACGUCAACAACUUCGCAACAACUCACCCGAAAGGCGGACUGAGCAAUACGGACUUCUCUUCCCAACUAUACGGAAUGCUAACAAACAAGUUCUUCUGGCGUGAUUGGUUUGUGAUGGUCGGCGAUACGUAUGGCUCAGACAAGCUAAUCACCCACGCGUGUGAAUACAGCCAGCACGAUAACCACGGACGCUCCAUUUACAUUGCCAGCGUUGAGAGGUCAAAGACGGCUAUGGACCAGCAUGCUGCCACCACUGCAAUGAGUGGUCUGCAUUUAUACAGAUCUUUUGUAAGUCACGCUAACCAACAACGCCACUACCUGUGUGUCAGUCCUGCAGACGGAUACAACGGGCUGCCCGACUCAGCACGAAACCACUGCAACACGUACGCAGCUGCCGGGGUCUACUGCACCCACAACACCGACAUCCACUUACACGCUCCAGCUGCGAGGAUGCAUUCGAUUACGCCACACGGGGCUAACCGUGCCUUUUUGUUCGGUUAAUAUUCUUGAAAAAAAGAUCUCG